ACAUGUAUAUAUAUAUAUAUUUUUUACCAAAUCGGGAAAUACACGUUAAAUGGCCUUCAAACGAAAUUUGCUUGGCCAAGGCUUUCGCACAAAGCUCUGCGAGUUGUUGUUAUUAAGUGGUUAGUCGAGCAAGUCAAGAGAAAGAAAGACAAUAACCUGUUGCGCGAGCGACGCAACAAGCACAAGAGUAAAAGCAAAAGUGAUAUCAGAGUCUGGUUAUCCAUAAAGACUUAAGCCACAAACUUGCUUAAAUCAUGGGCAUACUGCAGCACUAACGACAACCAAAUUAGAGACCCAACAAAGCUCCACCAUGACUCAGUUACGCAUGCGCACACUUAUACUGCUGCAAUUCUGCUUCUGCGCAGUGGCUGUUGGUAAAUAUGUUUACGGGGAGCCCAAAUAUCUUUGUCCCAAAAAACCUCAAGUGUUAUUCCCCUGCGUAUGUACCAAGGGGAGUGAUCAGGGGCUUUAUGUGCGCUGUGAAAAUGCCAACUUGGCCACACUUUCGGUGGCCCUUCAAAAUUUAGCUGCCCUGAAUAUGCCAGUCGAAGAGCUGACCAUAUACAAAGCAAACAUUGUACGCCUAUAUGGUCCUGUGUUUGCCCAUACCAAGGCCCGUUUGCUCAUAAUAGAGGAUACACCGUUGGCCACCAUUGAGGAUUAUGUGUUUUAUGGCGUCAAUAACACGCUGGAGCAAUUGCAUUUACGACACACGAACCUCAGUCAAGUGGGGCAAUUGGGAUUCGGUAUCCUUGGUAAAACCACUCAACUAAUAAUAGAUGGCCAUUCUUUUGAGCAGUUGCCUAAAGAUUUGUUUGUUGGCCAGCCAAUUACCAAUAUACUGGACAUUUUUCGUUUAAUUAAUGGCAAAUUGAAUGACCUACCUAUUGAGACAUUUCAACCAUUCAGAAAACUAAAAACUUUGGAUUUGCAUGGUAAUCAAUUGGAGAAUCUAAAACGUAAUCAAUUUAAGAAUCUGCGAGAACUUGAGGUUUUGGAUAUUAGUCACAAUAAUAUUAAGAAACUGGAAGCCCAACAUAUAUCGGAUCUAACCAAACUGGGCUGGUGCAAUGUUUCACAUAAUGCUCUUAAUGAGCUAAGUCGUGGCACAUUUGCAAGAAAUUCAGUACUGAAGGUGCUACACUUGGACCACAACAAUAUAACACGCCUUGACGCUAAUAGUUUUCGUGGCAUGCGUUUUCUGCGACGUCUAUUCUUAAGUGACAACCAAUUGGUGGAAAUAGGCCGAGGCACAUUUGGUUCAGUGGCGCGCAUAGGAACCAUAGACUUGGCCAGGAAUAAGUUAACUAAGAUUGAGUAUCAAAUGUUUACACAAAUGAACUAUGUGGAGUUACUAGAUUUAGCGGAGAAUAAUAUUACCAAAAUUGAAAAAAAUUCCUUCAAGGACAUUUAUCAGGCGGUAAUAAAUGUGUCGCACAAUGCCCUGGAACUAAUAGAAACUGGAGCAUUUGAAAAUUGUGUGAAUAUCACAACGCUGGACUUAUCCCACAAUCGUUUGACCAAUUUUUCACGACGCAGUUUCGAUGAGACGACUUUUGCUACCAUAUUCCAACUGAGCUACAAUGGUUUAACCAAUUUGGCACAGAUACCUAUUCAGAAUAUGUCGGGUCUGAAGGUUUUAAAUGCUUCGCAUAAUCUAAUAUCGGAUAUACCAAAGAACACUUUCCCAAAACUCUAUGAGCUGCAUACGAUUGAUGUGUCGCAUAAUAAUAUUUCCAGCAUAUUUAAUGGCGUCUUUCAAACUCUUUUCUCAUUGCGUUCUAUUGAUUUGAGUUACAAUUCAAUGACCGAGAUCAAGUCCUCUACAUUCGGUACUUUGCCCACUUUGCUGGAAAUGGAUUUAAGUUAUAAUCAACUGGUUAACAUAGUGAGGGGAUCACUGGCCAAGUUAACUAGCAUGCGACAGUUGAAUUUAAAUAAUAACCGCUUGGAGAAAUUAUUCCAAUUGCCCAUCUCAUUGAAUGAACUCUAUUUAAGUCAUAAUAACAUUACAUCCGUACCAGCUGGCACAUGGCCAGUGAUGAACUCAUUAAUCUAUUUGGAUUUAAGUUAUAAUCAACUUGAGGAUAAUUUGAAUGGUCAGAGUUUUAUCGGUUUAUUGGUGGUUCAACGUCUUAUGCUGCAACACAAUGGAAUCACUCAGCCGCCAUCGGAUGCCAUAGCUGUUAUGUCUACUUUGCAGUAUUUGCGUUUGGAAUAUAAUAAUAUAACCACACUAGAGCGCAGUGCAUUUGGCAAAUUGCCAGUUCUCUUUGAGUUAAAUCUUUAUGGCAAUCAGGUGAAAGAUAUAAGCAAACGAGCUUUUGAGGGACUUUUGCAAUUGCUUACCUUGAAUUUAUCUUCAAAUGCUUUAAGUCAGCUGCAGACCGACAUCUUUCUGGGUCUGCCAUCGUUGCGUUCUUUGGAUUUGUCUUUUAAUACUCUCUCCAAAUUGGAUAACAAGACAAAUGGUGUGCUAGAUGAUUUGCUUAGCUUGGAGACUCUCAAUUUAAGUCACAAUCGCAUUAGUUUUGUGACCAAAAAAACCUUUCCCUCCCACCAGUAUAUACCCUAUAAUCUGAAGUAUCUGGACUUGAGUUACAAUCAAAUGCCUGUAUUGACCUAUGACCUGACAUUUGGCACAAAGAAACUGCUCAAGUUGAAUUUGUCGCACAAUCAAAUCAAUGACUUGCGUCGCGGUGUUUUGUCCAAUUUCACUUCACUGCAGCAAUUGGAUAUUUCCCACAAUGAAUUGGCCAAUCUGAUGUCGGAAGAGCAUAUUUUUGAUCUACCUCAGAAUUUAAGCCGAUUGGACUUGUCGUAUAAUAAGAUUUAUCAUAUACCUUUUGGUAACUUGGUGAAAAUUAAAUCUUUGACUCAUGUAGAUCUACGUAACAAUAGCCUAGAAGAUAUUCCGAUCAUAUUGGUGGGCAGUAUGCGGAAUGGCAGUGAAGUGUUGAUGUCUGAGAAUCCCCUACAUUGUGGCUGCAAUGUCAGGCCACUUAAGCAUUACAUAUUGCAGCAAACCAUUCCCAGUGAGGACUUGCAAAACGUACAAUGCCAGACACCCAAAGUGGUUAAGGAGAAAUACAUUUGGCAACUAGAAGAUGAGUAUUUGCAUUGUACGGAGGAUGAACAGGAGAUGUACUCCGGCAAAGACUAUGAACAACUCACCGAUGUACGAUUCCGUGCGGUUCAAACCAACAAAGCCGGGAAUUUGACACUAAGCUGGUUUGUCUCCACUGCUGCAGAUGUUGCCGGAUUUAAUGUCUAUAUACGUUCGAGUUCUAAUGAAAUUUUACAACAAGCCGAUUAUGCCUAUAAUCAAAGAACUGCUAGCAUACCCAUAGAAGAGUUGCUUGUCCAUGGUGAGGAGAAAUUGCGCUCGGCUGAGAUUUGUAUAUUGUCCAGGGAUAGCAUUGGUAAUACCCGACAUUGGUUUGCCGGCCAAUGUCAGAAACUGCCCUCGCUCAAGCUGCGAAAAACAUUUUUCUUUGGCAACUUUAAUGUACGCGGAGGAUCACAAAGUGUUUUCCAAUUGCCCUUAGCUUAUCAUAUUUAUUUGUUUUCAGUGUUAAUGUUUAUUGUUGUUGCCCAUUAAAUGCCAAUACCCACUGUAAUUCAA